GGGGCUUCUGCCGGCCGGUAGUGCCCCGCGCUGCUAAGCCAGCAUCGGCUUUUCCACCUCUUGAACCUGGAUUCGCUUAGGGGUUGGGAAGGGCAGUGGACGGCGUUGGGGGAGGCCUGACGAGAUUGAUAAAGAACUCUUCAGAAUUCCUGGUGUUUCAUCAUAUAUACGACUGAGAUAUCAACCCUUCUAGCUUGCUGUUUCUGGACCAAAAAAAAUGACGUCUAUUAUCAAGUUAACUACCCUUUCUGGGGUCCAAGAAGAAUCUGCCCUUUGCUAUCUUCUCCAAGUUGAUGAGUUUAGAUUUUUAUUGGACUGUGGCUGGGAUGAGCACUUUUCUAUGGAUAUUAUAGAUUCCCUGAGGAAGCACGUUCACCAGAUUGAUGCAGUACUGUUGUCUCACCCUGAUCCUCUCCACCUUGGUGCCCUCCCAUAUGCUGUCGGAAAGUUGGGUCUGAACUGUGCUAUCUAUGCAACCAUUCCUGUUUAUAAAAUGGGACAGAUGUUCAUGUAUGAUCUUUAUCAGUCUCGACACAAUACGGAAGAUUUUACACUCUUUACAUUAGAUGAUGUGGAUGCAGCCUUUGAUAAAAUACAGCAGCUAAAAUUCUCUCAGAUUGUGAAUUUGAAAGGUAAAGGACAUGGCCUGUCUAUCACACCUCUGCCAGCUGGUCAUAUGAUAGGUGGAACAAUAUGGAAAAUAGUCAAAGAUGGAGAAGAAGAAAUUGUUUAUGCAGUUGACUUCAACCACAAGAGGGAGAUCCAUUUAAAUGGAUGUUCCCUGGAAAUGCUAAGCAGGCCUUCCUUACUUAUCACAGAUUCAUUCAAUGCUACAUAUGUACAGCCUAGAAGAAAACAGAGAGAUGAGCAGCUUCUGACAAAUGUCCUGGAAACACUUCGAGGUGAUGGAAAUGUGUUAAUAGCAGUGGACACAGCAGGCAGAGUUUUGGAACUUGCUCAACUUCUUGAUCAGAUUUGGAGGACUAAAGAUGCAGGACUGGGUGUUUACUCAUUGGCACUCCUAAAUAAUGUCAGUUACAAUGUGGUAGAGUUUUCUAAAUCCCAGGUGGAAUGGAUGAGUGAUAAAUUGAUGAGAUGUUUUGAAGACAAAAGAAAUAAUCCAUUUCAGUUUCGCCAUCUCUCUUUAUGUCAUGGUCUUUCUGACUUGGCCCGAGUACCUAGCCCUAAAGUUGUACUUGCCAGCCAACCUGACCUGGAAUGUGGAUUUUCAAGGGAUCUCUUUAUUCAGUGGUGUCAGGAUCCUAAGAACUCAAUCAUUCUAACUUACAGAACUACUCCUGGGACUUUAGCACGUUUCCUAAUUGAUAAUCCUUCUGAAAAAAUUACAGAAAUAGAGUUGAGGAAACGUGUGAAGCUUGAAGGGAAAGAACUUGAGGAAUACUUGGAAAAAGAGAAACUAAAGAAAGAAGCUGCCAAAAAGCUUGAGCAGUCAAAAGAGGCAGAUAUAGAUUCCAGUGAUGAGAGUGACAUUGAGGAAGAUAUUGACCAGCCAUCAGCUCAUAAGACGAAGCAUGACUUGAUGAUGAAAGGUGAAGGCAGUCGUAAAGGAAGUUUUUUCAAACAGGCAAAAAAGUCCUAUCCUAUGUUUCCUGCCCCAGAAGAAAGAAUUAAAUGGGAUGAAUAUGGAGAGAUUAUCAAACCAGAGGAUUUCUUGGUGCCAGAGCUUCAAGCUACUGAAGAAGAAAAAAGCAAAUUAGAAUCUGGUUUGACAAAUGGAGAUGAACCCAUGGAUCAGGAUUUAUCUGAUGUUCCUACUAAAUGUAUUUCUACAACAGAGUCUAUUGAAAUAAAAGCCCGGGUUACCUACAUAGACUAUGAAGGACGCUCUGAUGGGGAUUCCAUUAAAAAAAUCAUUAAUCAGAUGAAACCACGACAGUUGAUCAUCGUCCAUGGCCCACCAGAGGCCAGUCAGGAUCUGGCAGAGUGCUGUCGCGCCUUUGGUGGGAAAGAUAUUAAAGUGUACAUGCCAAAGCUGCAUGAAACAGUUGAUGCCACGAGUGAAACUCACAUCUACCAGGUGAGAUUAAAAGACUCACUUGUCAGCUCUCUUCAGUUUUGUAAGGCAAAAGAUGCUGAAUUAGCUUGGAUAGAUGGUGUCUUAGAUAUGAGAGUUUCCAAAGUGGACACAGGGGUUAUUUUAGAAGAAGGAGAACUAAAGGAUGAUGGAGAAGACUCAGAGAUGCAAGUGGACGCUCCCUCAGAUUCUAGUGUUAUAGCACAACAAAAGGCCAUGAAAAGUCUGUUCGGAGAUGAUGAAAAAGAAACAGGUGAAGAAAGUGAAAUCAUUCCUACUUUGGAACCCUUGCCACCUCAUGAGGUUCCUGGACAUCAGUCAGUUUUUAUGAAUGAACCAAGACUGUCAGACUUCAAGCAAGUUCUCUUACGGGAGGGGAUUCAAGCUGAAUUUGUAGGAGGUGUACUUGUUUGCAACAAUCAAGUAGCAGUCCGCAGAACGGAAACUGGACGCAUUGGAUUAGAAGGCUGCCUUUGUCAAGAUUUUUAUAGGAUAAGAGACCUUUUAUAUGAACAAUAUGCCAUUGUGUAAAAGACAUGAUGUCAAGAAGGAUCUGCUUGACCUUUCUAAGAAAAAGGGAUUCUUAUCUUACUUUGAGCUUUUGAUGUUUUGUUUUGUAACAUACAGAAAGAAUCUGCCAGAAAAACUUACAUGUAUUAGAUUUUUAAAAAUAUAAAUAGAGAACAUUUUGCAAAUGCUCAAAUGAGCAUUCUAUCUUUUGGCUUUCAGAGUGACAGAGCUCCUAACAGGUGUACAGGCCCGAGAGUUGAAGGUGAUUGGUUUUCUCUACAGACUCCUUGUUCUAGAAGGGCUUUUUACUUGAAUAAAACAAUGCAACUUAGCAAACCAAUUCAUGGCCUUAGAGAAACAUUUUUGCAUGAGUUCUUACAAACUGUUAUAUUUUCUGGAAUGAUAAGUGAGAAUUAUUUAGAAAAGACAUGCUCAAAAAAAAAAAAAACCUAAACUAAUAGAACAGUUUUUUGAAGUUUAUUUUUAAAAGCAUAUGUGCUCUGACUCUUUCCAGUUGGAAUAUGCAAUUGUUUUCUGCCUAUAUUUCCCAGUGAUUUACUCUAGGGUAAGGUACUACACAUUUGGUUCAGAAAUCAAUUUUUAUUUCUCCUAUAUCUUGUUUUAUCAAGAUUUUGUUGUGGCAUUUCAAUGUAAAUUAUAACACCAUCAUUUGAAUAUACAUAAUUCAAAAGAACUCCUUGAUGCAGU